AUGGCCGAUUUCCACCCCGAGCUUCAGGCCAAACUCGACGACUUGCAACGCGAGUUAGAGUAUGGCUAUGGCGAACCCAGCGCGCCAGCUCUCGCACCUACCAUCCACGAGCCGCCGCCUCGAUCCGGGUUGCGAAUUCAGCAAACUGAUGACAACCCGCCCCAUUCAAUUUAUGACGGUCAUAGAGCCUCUGCUUAUAAUGCAGUGAGGGAAAAUGGCUCUGACCCUGGGUCUCCAAUUUACCGACCGAGUUCGGGCUACGGCGCUCCUUCAACAACUUCACAAGUCGCCGAGACACCACCCGCCAGCCUCCUUCGCCCCGGCGGCCCCGUAGCAGAGCGCUCUGUUCCUCUGCAGCGCGAUUCACUUUUCAUCACGGCUGCGACUGCAUCUAGCGACGAUCCUUCUCGGAGCGGAACGAUGGUAUCCAGGGAUUAUGCUUUCAAUCCAGACCAGCAAGGUGCCUACAUGGGUGCAGGCCAUCAACAGCACCACCACCAUCUACACCACCAGCCACAAUUCGAUGGCAGAACUCGAACAUUGCAGGAUUCCCAAGGCUACUUCUCGGACUUUGCCGGUCAGCAGCAUUACGACCAGACUCCGUCUGGAGGAGAGUACGGGGCAUCCCAUAGGUAUUCAUCCGGGGAGGCUUUCUCUCCCACAGCUGCCAUGGCUCCUCCCAUGCUCACGGCGAACGACCUUCCACCGCCAGAAAUAUUAGAAUAUUUGCAGCCACUUGAGCCCCGAGAGGUACCAUUUGCUAUUCAUGACCCACACGACGCCAACAUCACCAUGUCCCGUUUUGACAACCUGGCUGCUGUCUUGCGACACCGCGCUCGCACUACUGCCAAGGUGCCGGCGUACUGGGUCCUCGACAGCAAGGGCAAGGAAAUCGCAUCCAUUACUUGGGACAAACUUGCCUCUAGGGCAGAAAAGGUUGCUCAAGUCAUAAGGGAUAAGAGCUCGCUGUACCGUGGCGACCGAGUUGCUCUUGUGUACCGUGAUAGUGAAAUCAUUGAUUUUGCCAUUGCCUUAAUGGGUUGCUUCAUUGCAGGCGUAGUUGCCGUGCCAAUCAACGAUUUGCAAGACUAUCAACGACUCAACUACAUUCUGACUUCGACACAGGCACACCUUGCCUUGACGACAGAUAACAACCUAAAGGCAUUCCAGAGAGACAUCACGACGCAGAAACUGACGUGGCCAAAGGGAGUCGAGUGGUGGAAGACGAAUGAGUUUGGAAGUUAUCAUCCUAAAAAGAAGGAAGAUGUACCCGCACUCUCAGUCCCUGAUUUGGCAUAUAUUGAAUUUUCUAGGGCACCCACUGGAGACUUGAGAGGCGUCGUGCUGAGCCAUCGCACUAUCAUGCAUCAGAUGGCGUGCUUGAGCGCAAUUUUAUCGACGAUUCCAGGCAACGGGCCAGGUGACACCUUCAACCCGUCCUUAAGAGAUAAAAAUGGCCUUCUUAUUGGCAACAGGAAGGCUGGUAGCGAAAUUUUGCUCUCCUAUUUGGAACCUCGUCAAGGUAUUGGCAUGAUCCUUGGGGUUUUGUUGACAGUCUACGGCGGCCAUACAACUGUUUGGUUUGACAACAAAGCCGUGGAUGUACCCGGCCUUUACGCGCAUCUCAUUUCAAGAUACAAAGCGACAGUCAUGGUGGCAGACUACCCUGGCUUGAAGCGAGCGGCAUAUAAUUACCAGCAAGACCCUAUGACGACACGAAAUUUCAAAAAGGGAAUGGAACCCAACUUCCAGGCUGUCAAACUCUGCUUAAUUGAUACCCUCACCGUUGACGGAGAGUUCCACGAGGUUUUGGCCGACAGAUGGUUGCGCCCACUUAGAAAUGCCAGGGCUCGACAGGUUGUUGCACCUAUGCUGUGCCUUCCGGAGCACGGCGGAAUGGUGGUAAGUGUGAGAGAUUGGUUGGGGGGCGAAGAACGUAUGGGUGUACCGCUCAAGCUAGAACACGAGACAACCUCAGAGUCAGAUUCGGAUGAUGACGGCAAAACUGCUAAACCCGUGCCCCCAAACGGAUUUGGUAGCUUGCUGGGCGGCGGCACCACAACAACAACGGAAAAGAAUGCCGGUAACACAGAAAUGAAUGAGGUACUCCUAGAUCGCGAGGCUCUUAAAACAAACGAAGUAGUGGUUAUGGCAUAUGGCGAUGAGGUGGGCAAAAAGGCGCCGAACGAACCGGGCAUGGUGAGAGUCGGCACAUUUGGGUAUCCUAUACCAGAUGCUACCCUUGCUGUUGUUGACCCAGAAACCGGUCUCCUCGCCUCUCCCCAUACGGUUGGUGAGAUCUGGGUAGACUCGCCUUCCUUGUCUGGUGGGUUUUGGGCUCAACCAAAGAAUACUGAGCUUAUUUUCCACGCGCGACCAUACAAGUUUGAACCAGGAGAACCCACACCAACCCCUGUGGAACCCGAAUUUCUGCGAACCGGCCUUCUUGGAACCGUCAUCGAAGGCAAAAUCUUUAUUUUGGGACUCUAUGAAGAUCGCAUUCGGCAGAAGGUGGAGUGGGUGGAACACGGCCACGAGAUAGCCGAGUAUCGAUACUUCUUUGUGCAGCACAUGGUUGUGAGCAUCGUCAAAAAUGUCCCAAAGAUUUAUGACUGCUCUGCCUUUGAUGUCUUUGUCAACGACGAACACUUGCCCGUGGUUGUAGUGGAAUCGGCGGCCGCGUCCACUGCUCCCCUUACAUCGGGAGGCCCUCCCCGGCAACCCGAUACCGCGUUGCUUGAUUCUCUGGCCGAGAGGUGCAUGGAAGUAUUGAUGGAAGAACAUCAUCUCAGACUCUACUGUGUUAUGAUCACUGCUCCCAACUCUUUACCACGUGUUAUCAAGAAUGGUAGACGCGAGAUUGGAAACAUGCUGUGCCGCCGAGAAUACGACCUGGGCAAUCUACCCUGUGUCCAUGUCAAAUUUGGAGUUGAGCAUGCCGUGCUUAACUUGCCUAUUGGUGUUGACCCAAUAGGCGGCAUUUGGUCCCAAAUUGCGUCCGAAUCGCGAGCCAAUAUUCUAGCCCCAGCAGAUAAACAAUAUUCGGGUAUCGACCGAAGGGAAGUUGUCAUUGAUGACCGAACAUCCACUCCACUCAACAAUUUUUCCUGCAUCACAGAUCUUAUUCAGUGGCGAGUGGCCCGUCAACCAGAAGAGCUCUCGUAUUGUACGAUUGAUGGUCGAGGUAGAGAAGGCAAGGGCAUCACUUGGCGCAAGUUUGAUCAAAGGGUCGCAGCUGUCGCGAUGUAUUUGAAGAAUAAGGUCAAGGUACGACCCGGAGACCAUGUGGUGCUUAUGUACACACAUUCCGAGGAGUUCGUCUUUGCCGUCCAUGCUUGUAUCAACCUGGGCGCCGUCGUCAUUCCCAUGGCACCUCUGGACCAGAAUCGCUUGAACGAGGACGUGCCCGCAUUCCUCCACAUUGUUGCUGAUUACAAUGUGAAGGCCGUACUUGUCAACCAUGAGGUGGAUCAUUUGAUCAAGCUCAAGCCUGUUUCGAGUCACAUCAAGCAGUCAGCCCAGAUUCUCAAAAUUGCCAUUCCCAAUGUCUACAACACCACCAAACCACCCAAGCAAAAUAACGGUCUGCGUGACUUGGGCUUGACAAUCGACCCAGCGUGGAUUCGCCCAGGAUAUCCUGUGGUUAUUUGGACAUACUGGACGCCAGACCAGCGGAGAAUAGCUGUCCAGCUGGGACACGAUACCCUCAUGGGAAUGUGCAAGGUCCAGAAGGAGACAUGUCAAAUGACCAGCACACGCCCAGUUCUCGGGUGUGUGCGAAGUACUACGGGACUUGGUUUUGUGCAUACCUGUCUCAUGGGUAUCUAUAUUGGCACACCGACCUACCUACUCUCUCCUGUCGAAUUUGCUCAGAAUCCCAUGUCCCUGUUUGUUACAUUAUCACGAUACAAGAUUAAGGAUACGUACGCAACCCCACAGAUGUUGGAUCACGCCAUGGCUGCAAUGCACGCGAAAGGCUUUACCUUGCACGAGUUGAAGAACAUGAUGAUCACUUCCGACAGCCGUCCUCGAGUCGAUGUUUUCCAAAAAGUGCGAAUGCAUUUUGCACCAUCUGGGCUUGAUAGAACAGCAAUCAAUACGGUGUACUCGCAUGUUCUGAACCCGAUGAUUGCAUCAAGAUCGUACAUGUGUAUCGAGCCCAUUGAAAUCUGGCUCGACACUAAAGCGCUUCGACGAGGAUUGGUCGUCCCUGUUGACCCUGAAGCGGAGCCCAAAGCCCUGCUUGUGCAAGACUCUGGCAUGGUCCCGGUUUCAACACAAAUUGCAAUUGUAAAUCCAGAGAAUCGCAUGCAUUGCUACGACGGAGAAUACGGCGAGAUUUGGGUUGAUUCCGAGGCUUGUGUCAUGUCCUUUUACGGAUCGAAAGACGCCUUUGAUGCUGAAAGAUUUGAUGGACGCACCGUUGACGGUGAUCCAGGAGUAGCCUACGUCCGAACGGGCGACCUUGGUUUUCUGCACAACGUGAGCCGGCCUAUCGGGCCGGGCGGAGCCUUGGUUGAUAUGCAAGUUCUCUUCGUGCUAGGCAGCAUUGGCGAGACGUUUGAAAUCAACGGUCUCAGCCAUUUCCCCAUGGAUAUUGAGUAUUCGGUUGAACGUUCCCACCGGAACAUUGUCCCUGGUGGCUGUGCUGUGUUCCAGGCUGGCGGCCUUGUCGUUGUUCUGGUUGAAGUUAGUCGAAAGCCUUACUUGGCGUCCAUUGUGCCUGUUAUCGUCAAUGCCAUUCUGAAUGAGCAUCAAAUCAUCGUCGACAUUGUGGCAUUUGUCAGCAAAGGCGACUUCCCUCGCUCUCGACUCGGUGAGAAGCAGCGCGGCAAGAUUCUCGCUGGAUGGGUCACGCGCAAGCUGCGUACACUGGCACAAUUCGCCAUUCGCGACCUCGACGCAGGCGCCAUAGGCGAGUCCGGCAGCGGCAGUGGCCCUGGCGAUCUUGCGGAUGCCAAUCGAAUGUCCACAGGAAGCAUCCGCAGUUCAGGUGUACCUGCUGGCGCAUCAAGCUUACGAAACGUCGAGCAUGCACCGCAGAUCUUGGAGCAAGAGGAGCUAGACGUCCAAAUGAAUCGCAUGGCGCACAUGCCACCCGCUUCGGCUCCUGGCACCGCAUCAACGGUUACGCAUGACGAUCAAGUGACGCCGACAGGAUUCGCCCAGGGUGUAUCAUCGGAUACUCAUAGUCAAGGAACUUUAAGCCGCAACUCGGCGGGGCAGCCUGGAUAUUUUGACGAUGCACAGCGGAAUAGUGAGGCGGCCUAUAAGGAUGACCAGGCUCCAGCUGUUGGGCCGAAGCCGGACUCAUCAAGAAGUCAGGACCAGCCCAACGCCUCAAAAAAACGAAUGGUCCUACCGGGUGUGGACGGUAGGGAAGGGUUUCAAUUUUGGGACACCCCCCAGGGAGAGGAUGACGAGACGGACUGGACGGCCGAUGCAAUUAUGCACAUGAAUCUUGCUGGAGAUAUGGGCUCUAGAUGA